AUUUCAGGUCCCUUUGGUUAGGCUCUGGUUCCCAAACAAGUCAGAUGUUCUGGUCCACGUCAAUAGUCUCAUUGUAAAAAAGUCCACCUCAAGAGUCUCGCUGAAUUUAGUGCGAGAAAACAACUCACUUUCUUACAAGAUCAAGCAACAAAUUAUUCCAUCCUUAAACAGUGUACACUGCAAUCGUGGUAAAAUCAAGAUUAAGGGGUUAUCGUUUCAUGUUUAUAUAUGAUGAAAAGCCACGUUUUAUAAAUCAAGUCCAACACCUUUGCAUUUAAUCUAGAAAAGCAUGCUCCUAUGGCAAUAAAUGGGUGUCUGCAAAUUUUCCCCUUGGCUCACAAAAGAGUUUUGGAAACUGUCUGCCACUCGCAAUUAGUUACGCAAGCAACCAAAGCGCACCAAAUCCGAAAUUCUGCAGCAGGCAAGGGAGAUUAAGAUAGGGGCUUUUAGCGCUGCAGCAUAAGGACCAAUCCUGAAAUAGGCCCAGAUGAAAACUUUCCUUGACAGUGGCGUACCCAAGGGGGGAAUGGGGGGUCCGGACCCCCCACUUUUCUAAAAUAUGGACCUCGAGAUUUGUCCAAAAACGAUGUAAAACGAUGUAGCAUACUGUAUGCUUGUGUCAAUAACAAUUGUAAAAUGCUUUGCUAUUUACCGUAGCUAACAUAAAUCAAAAAAUGGGGGAAAAUUUUGCAAAAAGGGCGUUUCCCCGCAUUUGCGAGUGUUUGAAGGGCGUGGUCCCAAAAAUAUUUCUGGGGGCUACGCCCCAGACCCCCCCCCCCCUGUUGCAGCCCUGGGUACGCCACUGUUCCCUGAAGUUUCCCUAAAGCUGAAUAGACCUAGCAAUAGGGUACUGCGGCAUCAGGUCCAAUUAUAGACAGAGAAUUUGUUGUGGAAGAGGAUUUGGUGUGAGAGUGUUUGCCAAGCCAAUGAGGUAUUGCUCGUCGAACACUCUCUUGUUUGUCGUUUGAGUUGCAUUGCAGUAACGGUGUGAUAGUAAUGUCUUUGAUGGUAUGUUCCGGGCUGCAAAAGUGUUCUACAACGCCAGACUUGUCUACUUUUUUGUUAACAAUGUCUCGUCUGUGUUCAUUAAAUCUGUCUUUCAAUCGUCUGCUUGUUUGUCCGAUGUAUUGGCAGUUCUCAUGUCCGUUGGUUAAACAGCGUUUGCAUUGUAAUGCGAGAGUAAUGCUAGUAGAGUUGCAGUCUAGUCUUUGUUUUAUGUAGCAGUUUUUGACAUUGUUAGUAGAGUUAAAUGUAGUUGUUCUGGACUGCAUUUCCUUUUUAUGGGGGCUUCAUUGUCUUCAGUCCAUUCAAACGCACGGUUGAAGGACAAUUUGUAGACCUAAACUUUGUCCUCGUACUUUUUUCCCUUAUUUUUACUGUUUCUGCUCCACGAAUAAAGCAUCGAUUAUAAAAACUAAACUUAUAGUAUUCGACGUGCGUGAAAUGUCGUUGCUGCCAAAUUGUUAUCCUAUAUGUUGUACAAUGUCUUGCUCGGAGAACUACGUGCAAAACGAUGGUGAUCCUGAUUCGGUUACUUUUUCCACUUAUAAACGGAGUAGUACAAGUUUCUGAAAACUUUGCUAAGACCCUAGUAAAUGCUUAGUUGCUGUGUUGAUGCUCAGCAAUUUCCUUCACAUUUUUUUCCAAUCAUUGAAAAGUUUUAAUGGUUUUUAAAUGUUUCUUAUUAAAACUUUCCUGUAAAGACGUGGCAAGCGAUCCAUAGCUCAACUGGCUGAAGACAACUAACUCGACUCAAAAAGUAUCUAGUACAUUAAGUUAUAUUAUGAAAUUUAUUUUGGUAUUUAGGUAGUUUGAUUUCUUUGCGUCAAACUUCGCACGUCAGAUUGCGCCAGAAAGCCACAUUUCAGUUGCAUAGUUUUUUGUUUAGUAAAGUUUUGUGACUACGUUAACGACCAUCGCAACCUUUUUCUACGCGUUUCUACCGAAGUAAAAGGAUAGAGUCAGAUUGCGCCAGAAAGCCACAUUUCAGUUGCAUAGUUUUUUGUUUAGUAAAGUUUUGUAACUAAGUUAACGACCAUCGCAACCUUUUUCUACGCGUUUCUACCGAAGUAAAAGGAUAGAUACCAAUAUGGCCUUAAAGGACACUGAAACGAUACAAUCAAUUCAAACACUGACCUUCCCACACGAUAAAAACAAUGAUACUUAGCGGGUCUGGCAAUCCUUUGUAUUCCACGGCAAUAUUUUUACCGCUUAGUUUCACAUGAUCUGCUGUUUUGGAUAUGUAUUAAAUUCUUUUCUGUUGUAUCACUCGACAAUUGUGAAGUACAGUGAAACAUCCUUGAGACGGAGGGACUUGAAAGCAGAAAGUCAUAAAUGUUUCACUGAACAGUGUACACGUAUAUCAGAGUCUUUAGAGGGCUAUGGAAAACAAGCAAGUCGACAUAAGUUUGAAGCUAGAAAGGAUUGGUUUUGGAAAAUUCCAAAUUGUUGCUCUAGCGAUUUUGUGCCUGAGAUACUUUUCGUAUUCAUCCACAACAAGUCUUGUCGCAAUUUUGGAGCCGUAUCUUCGAUGCCAUUGGAGCCUUAGUUACAUUAACGCAGCAUGGAUUGUUCUACCAGAAGCCUUUACGAAGAUUAUAGGAUCGAUUUUGCUUGGUAAAUUGUCAGAUAUAUAUGGUCGACGUAAGAUUUUGAUUCUGGCUUCUGUUGCGAAUUCGUAUUUGGCCUUACUUUAUUCGUUGUCAUCAAGUGUCUUAUUGUUGUCCACAAUUCGCGGAUUUAUCGGUCUUGUGUCCUCAAGCACUUUAAUUAUUUUUACAUAUACAAUGGAAAUUUUGCCACUAUCUGGACGUAAGUUUAUGUCACUGUUUGAACUCGCGUUUUGCCUUGGAUGUGGAUAUGGGAUUGUAGUUGCUGGCGUUACAUUAAAGUAUCUAAACUGGAGAUGGUUUGAUACUUUUGCAGAAACAAUACCAAUUGCGUUGUCAACAUUUCUAGUCUUUUACUUGCCAGAAUCCCCCAGAUAUCUUUCAGCUGCAGGAAAACGUGAAGAAGCCGAAAAGUCUCUGGAAAGGAUAGCUGAAAUGAACGGGUGUGAAAAAGGAUAUGUUCCAUUGGGAGAAGCCUGUGCCGAAGCUGAAUACCAAGAAGAAGGGGCAAAGAGAAAACUUGAAUCUGAAUGCAAACUUUCAAGGAGAGAAUUAGCAGAAAGAAUAGCUUUGCUUUCACUUUUGCAGUUUUACGGAGAUGUUGUCUCUGGAACGAUGCGCUUUGGGUCAAUGCAGUUUGGUGAAAAUUCUGAUGUUUUGGGAUGUGGAAAAUGUUUUCAAAAUCUAACGUACAAAUACCGUUGGUCUGUGGAAACAGCUGUUUUAUUGUCCUUUGUUGCGUCUUAUUGGUUGUUGAACAAUGUAACAAGAAAGCUUACUUUGAAGAUUUUGGUUGUUUACCUUGCUGUUUGCCUCGUACCAUUUUACUGGCCUCUGCGUGGCUGGCCGCUGCUUAUGGCACUAGCUUUCACAGUCCUUGGUUCUUCGACGCUUAAUAAUGUUUUGUUAGUUUACAGAGCAGAACUCAUUCCUACAUCCUCUAGGACGUUUGGGUGCGGCUUAUCUGACGCUUUUGGCCAGUUUGGUAUUAUGUUUGGUCAAAUCAUCGCACUUUACCUGUAUCAUGUCAGUAUUCCUCUGUCUUUUGGCCUUGUGCAUGGCCUCACAGUAUUGUGCUUUGUUGCUGUGUUUACAGCCCUCAUAGAGACAAAGUAUGAUUUCUUAACGUGACAACGUACAUAUUUUCCUACUUCCAAUGUCAUUACUACCCAAUACUUAGUCAGCUAAAAAAAUAUUUCAUUACUUCUCAAUUAGAAGCCAGAGAUUCCCAAUAUUUAGUCGGGUCAUGCCAGCAUUCCCCGUGCAUUAACAAGGCAUUGCUAUAAUUUAUGCAAUCAAUCCAGGCCCCAUUUCUGUAGUGAAUGAAUAAUUUUAUUUCUAUAUUAGUUACUUAAUCAGAUAGUUACUUGAUUUAUAAAAAGAUGUCUUUGUCCAUCAGUGAGUUACUGCCCUCGUUGCUCAUCUCUUUUCAAGCAAGAGGUAUCGAAGGUUAAGUUGGUAUGCUGAUUUUGCUAUUUGUGACAACCCAGACAGCCUGGACCAGGGAGGUAGUCGUAAAAUUUUAACAAGGGGGGCUCUAUGCAGUGGUGGCGCCAGCUAUCAAAGAGACCACGCCUUUUUUGCCUCGUUUCAGUGCUUUGUACCAGGGUAACUUUCCUAAGGAAAUUUGGUCUACUUGUCAAGUAGAGUCACAUGACAAUCAGAGUCACAUGACAAUCACAUGACAUUCGUAAUUGCUUAUUAAUCGCUUUUGACAUUCUUAACGAGCUUACUGCUGAGUUAUGUUAGUUUUCGUGUAAAUACUAAAAUGUUAUGUAUAUAUUUCGCUACUAAACACACACUGUCUCUUCUCUGGCUACUUAAAAUCCUAGAUCUAAGGAGGACGACGCAAAAAUAUCAGAAUAACUUUUCAAAAGUUCAACAAGUUGAACGUUUUCUGCAACUGUUGGUGUAGGGCUAGACAAAGAUUUAAACUGCAUAUAUAGAUCUUUAAUAGGCUCAGAAGUCGUAAAAGACUGCGGGCUAAAUUGAGUCUGUGAAGGAGCUUCUUUUGUGGAAAACUCGUUAUCAAAAAUUAACGCAAUAAUAUCGUCAGGUGACUUUACUUGUUCAAAUUUAUCAAUGACAGAGCACUUGUAUAAAAUAACAGGCGUGUCCAAAGGGUUCAGCAAACGAAAAGAUACCUCACCAAGUGCUGUUGU